AUGGAGAAAUGUAUUUUACAGGAGACAUUUGAAGUAGGAGUUGAAGAGUUUCUGUUGAGAAGGUUGAAUGAUGUGAUUGUGUGCUUUAUGGGCGGAGGGCUGCUCUGUGCAGGCGUGGGGAGCAUCCUCCUGAUUGUUUCCACAGCAACCGAUUACUGGAUGCAGCAUCGGCAGCCUGACGGCUACAGGCACCAGAGCCUGUGGUGCUACUGUACGCCAGGGAAAUGCUUCCCACACAAUGAUGCCCACUGGGACGCCACGCAUGCCGUCAGGACCCUCUCUGUUUUGGCCUGUUCCACUGGCAUCAUCACUGGCAUUAUGGAUUUCAUCCAUUACUCCUUCUUCGACAGCUUUUCCACAACCUUUGCUGCAGGUUCAUUGUUUUUCAUCUCAUGUAAAAACAUUUUCUUUAUGUUUUCCCUUUAUUUUGUCCUGUCCAGGUUUUUGGGUGUUUACUAUGGGAAACAAUAUGGAGCCUGGAGGUUCUCCUGGCCCUUUGUCAUUGGCUGGCUGUCAGUGGCGGUCACCUUCUUUUCAGGUAUAUUCUAUAUGUGCGCCUUUCGGAUGCGCAGACUCCUAUUGGAAGACCCAAACCCUCAUGUCAUGGAUUAUGAUCGUGACAGCUGUGUCACGGUUGUGUGGAGAUGA